AACACACUCUGUUAGCUUAGAUAGUUCAGAAGUUUCAUCUGGUCUUGUUGAGAUAUAUAGUUGAGUAUCAUCAGCAUAACAAUGGAAACUAAUCCCAUAUUUUCUAAUGAUAUUACCAAGGGCAAUAUGUACAGUAUAUUGAAAAUAGCAGAGGGCCUAGGACAGAUCCUUGUGGCACUCCAUACUUUACUGGAUUUAAUUGAGAUGAUUCCCCGUUUAAAUAGACAAAGUGGUUGCGAUCGGACAGGUAGGAUCUAAACCACCUUAAAGCCUGCCCGUAUAUUAAACCCUUGAAUACCCGUAUAGUUUUGUAAUCGAUAUGUAUGUCAUGAUCUAUAGCGUCGAACACAGCACUAAGGUCAGUUGAAACUAGCAAUGAGAUGCAGCCUUGGUCUGACGCAAGAAGCAAGUAAUUUGUAAUUUUAACAAGUGCAGUUUCUGUGCUAUGAUGAAAUUCUUCAUAGAUAUAAUUUUUGCAGGAAGGAGUACGAUUGAGCAGACACAACUUUUUCUAAAAUUUCAGAAAUAAACUGAAGAUUUGAAAUGGGUCUUUUAGCCAGUUCACUAAGCUCUAGUUGUGGUUUCUUAACAAGAGUCAUAAUAAGAAGUUGUGUUGGGAAAGCUUUUAAAAGAUGCUACUCAUCCUUUGAAUGAUCAGUUUGUCUUAUUGCCUUCUAGAAGAUGUUAUUUAAUGCCCAGGGCAGAGAGAAACAUCUAUAAGAAUGAAUUUAUACUUGCAGUAAUUGGAUAUUUGAAUCAAAACACUGAGGUGGAACAAUCUUUUAUGGUUUUUGAUAUCUGUGUGGUUUUAAUGUUAUGUAUGUUUGAGGUCAAUGGUGUGGUCAAAGAUCAUUUUCAACCAUUGGGGUUGACAAUAAAGUCGUAUUGUAUUGUAUUGUAUUGUAUCAGCUGACAUGAAUUUCCAAUGGAUUCCUGACUCAUUGCGGUGGCCUAAAAUAAUAUAGCGGGUUAGUAAUGCUUUGCAAGAGUGCGAGCGCAUGUUCAGGACUGGGGGUUAAAGCUGCGUUAUUGAUCACUAAUCAGUCAAUGUUUAAACAUGAGAAGCACAUUUUCUGAUAUUUAUUUGACUCCGCAGGUCAUUUCUCAUAAGAAAUACAGAGCUGGACAUUGUUGUAGCAUCUGUAGUUUCUCUUCUGACCUCAGAUGAACUGAAUCAAAGCAGCGCUGGAUGUGUUUGUCCUUGAGUCUGUCGCGCUGUAACUCCCUUGCGUCAGGAGGAAUUCCAACACCUGCGUGUGAACAGAAAUCUAAAGAAAGAAACAACAGUUUAUCUGCCAUUCUGAGGAAUCCGUGCCAUUUGAGGACAACUUAUAAUAUCAUUUCAUCCACUGCUGACCUGUCAAGAAACUGUUUUCUCUUGCGUAACCCUAACCUUAUUCACCUAUUAGUCAAAACCCAUACACUCUUAACCCCUAUUCUGAAGAUGUGCUUGUAGUGUGCCACAUUAUUUCAGUCCCAUCACAGUAGAUUUAUAUGCUCAUGAUUUGAAUAGACUCAGAAUAGAUCAAAUCUUGUUGAAUUCAGUUGUUUUUUAUACUAAAGCCUAUUAAAUGUACCAGUGAUGAACGGGGAGAACUGGUCUGUUUAAAAAACAAAUUCAUGUGGCUGUGUUCAUCAUUCUGUGAGUUGGACGUCGGCUCUGAACAGCGGAGCGACAGGCUCAAAUGCAUGGAGGCCUUUAGCUGCUUUUUAUCCGUCUAUUCUGGGUUGGAGCCGAGCCGCAGUAUUAACCCUAAUCCAGCCGCAGCGUGUUGUUUUGAUGAAGCGGUCACGCGGAUCAGCUCCAUAUCUCACCAUCUGUCUCUCUCUCCAGGUGCACUGAGUGAAGUUGGUCACACUUCUUCACAGGCUCUGCUGUCAUGGAGGGAUUCUGACAAACCCUCAGCAGGUGUACUCACAGCAGACUGAUGUAACAUGGGAUGCGGAGUCACGAAAUCAAACCAGCUGCAGCUGAAACCAUGCGACCGAGGAAACAUCUCAGUUCCGGCGAUGCGAGCGGCGCUGCUCAUCCAGCGCUGGUAUCGUCAGUACGUGGCGCGGCUGGAGAUGAGACGCCGCUGCACCUGGAACAUCUUUCAGUCGAUAGAGUAUUCUGGACAACAGGAUCAUAUCAAGCUGUAUAAUUUCUUCGGUUACCUGAUGGAUCAUUUCAGUUCUGCCAACAGCCAAAGGAAUCUGGUCUCUCAGAUGUUUGGCGAGAGUGAGGUGUUUCAGGACGCGGAGUGGGAGAGACGCUUCUGUUAUAAAGACAUUGAGGUCCCAGAUGUCUACACCGGCCCGCAUCUCUCCUUCCCACUGAGCAUCUCCAACGUCACGGAGCUGGUGCACGCCUUCAAAAACAAACAAGUACAAUCAUUCCUGUCAAAGCAGCAAAAUAGCUUCAUGUACAUGUUACAAAGUCAGUCUUUCUCAUCUGUCAGCGGAAGCUGUAGAAGUGAGUGUUUAAGCGCAGAUGUCUCUCCGCAGAAGCUUCACGCGCGUUAUGUGCUGCAGCUGCUGGGAAAGACGUGGACGCUCCUGCGCUUGAUGCCCAACAUCAGUCACGUGGGCACCUGCAGACACAAAGAGAUCACCAUCUGUGGUGACCUACACGGCCAUCUUGAGGAUCUGCUGUUGAUCUUUUACAAAAAUGGUUUUCCUUCGGCGGAGACGCCGUACGUCUUCAACGGUGAUUUCGUGGACCGAGGGAAGGAGUCCAUAGAGAUCCUGCUGGUUCUGUUUGCGUUCCUGUUGCUGUAUCCGCACAAUGUGCAUCUGAACAGAGGAAACCACGAGGACCACAUCGUUAAUCUGAGAUACGGCUUCACUAAGGAAGUUCUGGGGAAAUAUCAGGUUCACGGGAAAAUGAUUCUUAAACUUCUGCAGAAGAUCUUCAGCUGGUUGCCGCUGGCCACAGUGAUCGACCAGAAAGUUCUGAUUCUACACGGAGGAAUUUCUGACAAGACGGACUUGAAUGUGAUCGCCAAACUAGACCGUCACCGAUUCGUUUCGGCCCUCAGGCCCCUGAAGAGGAAAGGAGCGUCGGCGAUGCUGAAGGAAGCGGCUCUCAGCGCAGAUGGAGACGAGGAGUUCAGCGCGGGACGCAGGAGAGUUCAGUCUCUGAGUCACGGCACACCGCUGCGCCUCCGACAGGAGCUGCCGCGGCAUUCGGUGCACUCUGAGUCCGGCCGGACGGGCCGCUCCGUCGAGGAGGAGCUGCGAGAGAGACGCCGCCUGGCCGGCCUCAGCCUGUCGUCCGAUUCAGAUCCUGCUGAGGUUCUGGAGACUGAUGCAGAUGAAUGGAAGCAGAUUGUGGACGUUCUGUGGAGUGACCCGAUGUCUCAGAACGGUUGUGUCCCUAACAAGGUUCGAGGAGGCGGGUGUUACUGGGGGCCAGACGUCACACAGGAAGUGCUGGACAGACACAAACUGCAGCUGCUCAUCAGAUCUCAUGAGUGCAAACAGGAAGGCUAUGAAUUCUGCCACAACGGCAGGGUUUUGACAAUAUUUUCAGCCUCUAAUUACUAUGACGUUGGCAGUAACAGAGGCGCUUACAUUCGUUUGGGUCCCGACCUCAUUCCUCACUUCAAACAGUUUCAGGCCAGCAGAUCAACACGAGAGCUAACACUCAGACAGAGUGUGGGACGAACAGAACGUUCUGCAUUACAGGCUCUGAGGAUGCAGCUGUUUGCACACAAAUCUGCCCUGAUCCGAGAGUUUCAGGAAUACGACCCACAGCGCACAGGUCUGAUCUCUGUGAAGCACUGGGCCGCUGCUGUGGAGAAGGUCCUGCGUCUGGCUCUGCCCUGGAGGGUUCUGAGGUCUCAGCUGGUGACCAGCAGCACACAGGACGGGACACUAAACUAUCACGACUGGGUCAACCAGCUGUCUGUAAUCCAGCCCAACACGGAGAUUGCAAACACGAGCCUCCUGGAGACCCUCUACAAGCAUCACUCAAACCUGGAGAGCAUCUUCAGAAUGAUCGACACGGACCACUCAGGUCUGAUCUCGUUCGAGGAGUUUCGUCAGACGUGGAAGCUGCUGAGCUCUCACCUGCAGACGGACAUCAGCGAUAAAGCCAUCUCAGAUCUGGCCGAGAGCAUCGACUUCAACAAGGACGGCAGCAUCGACAUCAACGAGUUCAUGGAGGCCUUUCGCCUGGUGGAGCACUCUAGAGCCGAGAUGGAAGUGCUGCCGUCACCUGAAUGAGCGCAGGACGAACACAAACAACGCAGUGCUUUCGGUGUCGCUCCGAAGCUCAAGAGCAGCUGCUGUACAGAUGAACUGACUGGAAACGCAUCUGAAUAGCUAUGUUUCCAUCCAAAGAUGCGAAUAUAACUUGUGCGCAAAACUGGAACAAUUGCAUAAAACAUUAGCGAAUAAAGCACCUUUUCCAUCCAACGAGUCAAAGAGAACAAGAUCGUCACUUCCUAAAUAACUGGCACUAAAUACCACUAAGACAAGUGGAAAGAGCCACUAAAUUUAAUCAUUUCCAUUUAUAAUAAAUGACUUGCGCCUCAGAGCGAACGGACGAAACAAUAAAUGCAGUUCAUAUUCAUGGUGUCUCAAAGUAGCACAGUUGAGUCCGCUUAGAUGAUCUUCUAAAGGAUCAUUUUUCGUAUAUUAAGUACAAAAUGAGCGUGCGAAAAUAGAGCACUUUAAGUACAUUAUGGAAGUGUACUUGUUUUUCACCUGGGAAAUGUGUCUCCAUCGUAGUUUAUGCACAUUUUUUCUUAUCGGAUAAAAAGUUUAUCCUACUCA